AUGGCAGAUACUUCCUCCGCUUGGAAAAGUCGAGCCAAUGUGCCACAAGGUGACCCCACUAUCAUCCACUUGCACAAAGAACUCCAUGAUCAUGGCCAGGCAAUAGCAGAGUUAACUACCACAAUGAACCAGUUAGCGAAUGCUCAAUUGCAACAGGUUCAAGCUCCUAGACAAGUAAAUGGUAUGGAAAGUAUCAACAUAUUGGUAAACAAGAGGCGACAAAGAGGUCAACAAAGUCAAGGUAGUCCGGGUCAAUAUGACCAAGUUGAGCUGCAAGAGGAUGAUAUCCCUCUAGUUGUUGAAAAUGUGAAUGAUGAUAACUUGAAUGAGGAAGUGAGGAUUGAUAUCCAGGGUAACGAGGUGGAAACUCAAGAAGACAUGAACCCGUCUAGGGAACACAUAAUAGACAUACCAGAAACGGUUGUGCCAAAGGCUAAGGCUCCAUUGCCAAGGCCUCCUCCACCUUACACUCAAAGGUUGGCAAAGCAGAAAAAUGAGAAUCAAUUUAAGAAAUUCAUUGACAUGAUAAAGAGCCUAUCAAUCAAUGUCCCUUUAGUGGAGGCUCUCGAACAAAUGCCAGAUUACUCCAUGUUCAUGAAAGACUUGGUGACAAAGAAGAGAUCCAUGGAGUGUGAGAGCAUAAAGAUGACUCACCAAGUUAGUGCAAUUGUGCACUUGAUGGCUCCAAAUCUAGAAGAUACCGACGCUUUCACCAUCUCAUGCAACAUUGGGAGUGCAAACUUUGCAAAGGCACUAUGUGACUUGGGAACAAGCAUCAAUUUGAUGCAUUACUCUGUGUUCAAAACUUUGGGUAUCAGGCAACCAAGGGCGACUUCAAUGAUAUUGCAAAUGGAGGAUAGAACGAUGAAGAGGUCGCUUGGUAUUAUUUAUGAUCCUAAUAGUAAGGAAGUGUGCUCUUUUGUGGAUCUUGUCACGGAAGUGAUCGUUGAUGAUACUAGUGCCAUGAUCAAUGUGGAGGAUCCUCUAGAAGCGGUAUUGUUGAACCUUGAUGUCAAUGAGGAUGAAGGAAGGGGUGUAGUGUGUAAAUGCUUUACAUGGUAUGGGGUCUUCUUCUUAUGA